UUGAGUUUUGGUAUCAUAUGUAUGGAUCUGGUACAGGAGCAUAGAGUUUAUUCAUUCGGCCCGUUGAUGGUGCUUUGCCGGCCACUCCUGCAGUAAAGAUUAUUGGGCAUCACGGUAAUACUUGGCUCCGUGCUUCGUACGCCAUGCCCAAGACUGGAAAUUUUGAGCUUGUUUUUGAGGCAUCUCGUGGAUCAGGAAAUUUGGGGGAUAUUGCCAUUGAUGACGUACGUGUCUAUGAUGCUCCGUGUGCAAGUAAUACGAUACAACCGACUGCUGAUCCUACCGAAUAUCAAAAAGCAGAUUGCAACUUUGAACAAGGUAUUUGCAACUAUGUCCAAGAAUUAGAGAGUGAUUUCUACUGGAGACGUAUGAAGGGCCCAACGCCAAGUUGGAAUACCGGUCCUGAUUUCGAUCACACAUACGGCAACGAGUUUGGUUACUACAUGUACAUAGAGGUGUCGCGUCCAAGACAAUCUGGUGAGAAGGCAAGGCUUAUGACGCCGGUCCUGAACAAUAAAAACACAGAUAUUUGCAUUUCAUUCUACUACCAUAUGUAUGGGAGAGAUAUUGACUUUUUGAAAGUUUUUAAGAAGGAUUUUGGCGGUGGUCUGCCAGUGGAUCCGAUUUCAGUGCUUAGUGGUGACAAAGGAAAUGAAUGGCACUAUCAGAAAGUUGAUAUAAAUGGACAGACAGAAAACUUCCAGAUUGUAUUUGAAGGUACGGUUGGCAAAAGCUACAGAGGUGAUAUAGCUAUCGAUGAUAUUCAAUUUCACAAUACAGGUUGUGACCAAGUGAUAUUAUUACCCGUUACAAACAUUUCGAUGAACUGUGACUUUGAGGGCAAGCUCAACGCAUCUAUGUGUGGUUUCACACAGUCGAAAAGUGAUGACUUUGAUUGGCAGUUGCGCAAGGGUUCAACUGACUCCACAGGAACAGGACCUUCUGCAGAUCACACGUAUGGCAAUACCAAAGGGCAGUAUCUUUAUGUCGAAGCUUCAAGUCCACGCCGUCCAAAUGAACGAGCCAGAGUGGUGUCCCCGCUCGUCGAAAGCGCUAACCACUUACUGUGUUUAAAGUUCUGGUAUCAUAUGAAAGGGGAGCACGUAGGGAAGUUAAUUCUGUACCGACGAUUAGAUGGCACAGGGACUAGUAAACAGUUGUGGAUGAUGGAUGGUGACCAGGGUGACCGAUGGAUCGAAGCUUGGCUCCCGAUUAAUAAAAAUGACGAUACAGACGAAUUUAUUGAGACACUAAUACAGCUAAUUUUUGAAGGUGUUAUAGGAGACGGACAUCUUGGGGAUAUUGCAAUAGAUGAUAUCAAGCUGGAGUCUCACUAUUGCUUUCAGUCAGAAACAAAGGACAAUCCAACAGUAACAUUGUUAUCCUGUGACUUUGAGACUGGUAUAACACAAUGUGGGUUCUCUCAGGACUUAAGUGACGUACUAGACUGGAAAUUAUCUAAUAUCUCAGAAGGUCAGCCUGAUAUUCCAAAUUACUCGGAAAUCAGUGCACGUCAAAAAAGUUUUGCCUACAUCACUAUGGCUGGGAGAAAGAAAGGUGAUAAAGCCAACCUUGCCACCAGCACUACGACAUCUAACGGCACGCAACGGUGUUUAUCUUUCAAAUAUAUUAAGGUAGGAGAUGUACAGCAACAACUUAACAUUUACUCUUUGGAUAAAAAAGACGCUCUCCGUCUAAUAGGAACUGUUCCGUACAAAGAAACCAAGAAUGGUUGGGAGAGUUGCCAGUUCAAAUUACCAGUUGACCAAGGCAUGUCAAAGAUUAUGUUUGAAGGAGUUGUCGGAUUUGGGCAAGUUGGCUACAUUGCUUUGGAUGACGUCAUUAUUAACACUGGUGCCUGUACAGGUAAGAUCUCGCCAGACAACGAUGUGCCCCUGCCGAAAGCAGUUGUCCAGGCUGGAGAUGACGGACUGGACGUUGUGUCGAAAUUAUUCAUAUCUUUUACGGUAAUACUUUUAUGUCUGAUAUUAGUGUCCGGUGGCAUAUUAGCAACACGUCAUAAAUACACAAAAAGAGUAAUGCAGAGAGAGCACACAGAGAACCAAGCUAGCUACCAUUACGCCAAGGAUCCGGAUAUAUCAAGUGAUGUAGCUGUUUCUAAUCCUGUUUAUGAUAUAGCUCGUCUAAGCGAUAGCGCGUAGACAGAUAUAAGCUCCUGUACCUUUUAUUAGAGCUUCGAUCAGGGUCCCAGAAUGAAAUCCCUUGAAGAAGGAGGUUACGAAGGAGAGAUUAUGAUGGUUUGCGAUGCCCACAACUGUACUUAGACCACUAACUUAGAGAAUGCAGCCACAAUAACUUUGUGUUGAAUAGGCAAAAUAAUACGUUUAGUUCGAAAACCUUGUCGUAGUAUCAAACCACGAUGUGGGGUUUGGCUCUAAGCUUUGCACCGCCAUUCAUUGUCACAGCUACCCUUCUCAAAUGAAUUGAAUACAGUAAUCAGCAUCUCCAAAUUGCUACUUGGUGGCGAUGUUUUUAAGUAUGGUAUGCCAUCCAUCAAUGUACAGUAGGCAUACGACAUCUAUAUCGGUUGAUUUUAUUAACUAAUUGAGUGUUAAUACUGUAUAAACCAUAGAUAAUUGAUUGAUUGAUUGACUGCAACAUACUUGCUCCUCACGCCCUUUCUGAUUGUAUAUCCCAGAGCCACCACUGCUAAAUUAACCAAACGAUGAGGUUGCUGUGCUAAU